AUGGACUUCGAUGAGGUCCUGUCUCUCGUCGGUGACCUUGGUCGUUACCAAGCGUUUCUCUUCGCUGCUGUGUGCAUCCCGGCGUGUUUAGCGGCGGCUGCGACAAUCUUCAGUCAUAUCUUCAUAUCGGAGGUUCCAGAGCACCAUUGCCGUUUCUCGGUCACAUCGGAACAGGCUUCGCACCUCAAUAGCAGCCUCGCUCCAGCAGAGGAUCUUCAGAACGCGUUGAACAUGUUGUUCCUACCGCUCGACGCCAAGGGGAGCUUCUCACAGUGCCAACAAUACGAUAUCAACCCGAAUACGGUCAUCAAACAGGUUGUCAAGCAGUACAAUUAUUUGAACUCGACGAUAUUGAGCGAAUACGUCGCACAAAAUAAUUGGCCAUCAGUUCAAUGUCUCGAUGGAUGGGAGUACGAUACCAGUGAAUACAGCGAAACACUCGCUACGAAGUUCAACGCUGUCUGCGAUCAGGCGUGGUUACGAUCAACGGCGCAGAGCGCUUUUUUCCUCGGCGGCAUAAUAGGGAGCGUGGCCUUCGGUAUGAUAUCUGACAAAUGGGGCCGGAGACCUGCGCUUUUCGGCGCCACGGCGCUCAUGGUACUCGGAAAUUUCAUGGAAGCCUUUCCUCCGAGUUACCAAGCCUAUAUCGCCAUGAGGUUCGCGGUCGGCCUCUGCUAUCCAAGCGUUUACAACUUGGCCUUCCUGGUCGUCGCGGAGAUGAUCGGCACGAAGAAACGCAUGCUGUCAUCAGUAGUCUGUCAUAUUUCAUACUCCUUUGGCAUGAUGGUGAUCGCCUAUGUUGCCCACUUCAUCAGGGACUGGCAAAAUUUGCAAAUGGCAUUUUCCCUCCCGAUGGUGCUUCUUAUUUCCUACUAUUGGAUGGUGCCAGAGUCUCCUCGAUGGCUCAUCUCUCAAGGACGACUGGAAGAAGCGGAAGCCAUAGUUCAAAAGAUGGCCCGCAUCAACAAAGUUCCAUUGUCUGCAAACUUCCUCCAGUCCAACUUGGAAGGGCAGAGUCAUGGAGCUUCGCCAAGCGGACAGAAAUCGGAUAAGAUCGGGGUGACGCAAUUACUACAAUACCCGAAGGUCGUGACUAAGAUAUUCAUCAUAGCGAUCGUAUGGAGUCUGAGUGGAAUGGUUUAUCAUGGAAUGAGCUUCGCAACUCCGGACCUACCGUCGGACACAUACUUCGCAUUCUUCAUGGUUGGCCUAUUCGAAAUUCCGGGGACAUUAUCCGCGUGGUACACCAUGGAACGUUUCGGCAGGAGGAACACAAUAUUCGUGACCCUCCUCCUCAGCGGAGUUUUCUCGAUCGCCACAGCCUUCGUCCCGGACGACGCCGCAUGGCUUUCCAUACUCCUAGCGUCGCUCUCAAAGUUCUGCACUUCGUCAACUUUCACUGUGAUAUAUGUGUACGCUGGAGAACUCUUCCCAACGGUCAUAAGAGGAUUCGCUAUCGGCAUGGCUUCGACUACAGGGCAGACCUGUUUGGUGAUCACGCCUUACAUCUUGUAUCUGGGAACUGUCCUGGGUGGAGCCGUGCCUUUCUUGAUCAUAGGAACUCUCGGAGGGCUGGCUGCACUCCUCGUGUUGAGUCUCCCGGAAACCUUGGAUUCACCACUACCGUCGACCCUCGACGAGUCCGAAAAUUAUGCAGAAUAUCUCAAUAGAAGGAGAGAGAGUAGGCAACUGAAGGCUAUCGUCGAGGUUAAAGAAGCGCGGGAGCCGACCCGGACACCUCGCAGCUAUACGAUUAACACAUGAAGACGCAUGUCAGGCUUAGAUCUCUGAAAAGUUGAACGAUUGCAUCGCCCAAGGAGCUCCGUCGUCUGCUCAUUCCCCUCAUCGUUUCCCAGACGCUCGGCAACUUCUCUCAC